AUCGGCAUGUGAGGUCGAUUUUCGUGAAAUGUCUAGGGGCCCGGGCAUUGCUGGUCUGCUGCUCCCGGCCUUAAUACUUGGGCUGCUGUGCCCAAAACUAGCCGAGACGGAAAACAUUUUGGCCAUCUUUUCGUACACUUUUGGUUCGUCCUAUUUGCUGGUCACUCCAUACCUGAAAAACCUCGCUCAGCGGGGUCACCAACUGACUGUGAUAUCGUCCGUCGCAGAUAUGCCCGACAUAGAAGGUGUUCAUCAUAUACGCGUGCCCAAAUUGGAUAUGCUGAAGCAAGAACUCAUGGAUUAUGAUUUCGACUUGGAGCUUAGCAAAUGGAUGGAGGCUCAGUUCGUGUCCGAAUACUUCAACAACUGUUCGCGAUUCGUACUGGGAGAUCCUGGGGUGCAGGAGCUGCUCCACAACUCGAGUGCCCAGUUUUCGAUGGUGAUUAUGGAGGCUUCACACACCGAUGCCCUUUACGGAUUUUCGCAGCACUUUAAUGCACCGCUGGUGGGAAUCGCCGCCUACGGAUCGGCGUGGAACAUUGACUUCCUGGUGGGGAACUCGGCGCCGAGUAUCUACGAACCGAUGUCCGCCUUGGGCUAUUCGCCCGGCCUCAGUCUGAUGGAGAAGUGGCACAAUCUGAUCUUCAUCACCGAAGAGCGUCUAGUGGAGCGCUUCAUUUACCUGCCAUCCCAAGUCGACCUCUAUAAGCAGUACUUUCCCGGAGCGUCAGCCAGUAUCCAUGAUCUGCGCCGGAGAUUCUCCCUGAUCCUGAUCAAUCAGCACUUCAGCAUGGGUCGAGUGCGCAGUAAUGUUCCCAAUAUCGUGGAAGUGGCCGGCAUGCACCUGGCCGACCCUGCUAUACCCUUGGAUGACGAGCUUCAAAAGUUAUUGGAUGAAGCCGAACAUGGAGUCAUAUACUUUUCAAUGGGUCUGCAAGUACGGGAUAAGUGGUUGCCGUCGGGAAUGCAGACAACACUGUUUGCUGCCUUUAAGCAACUAAAGCAAAGAGUGAUAUGGAAAAACAAUAAUCCAGAGAUGUUCAAUGAUUCAAGGAAUGUCUUUGCGAGAUCGUUUUUUCCCCAGCGAGAGAUCCUCAAUCAUCCCAACGUAAAGCUCUUUAUCAAUAAUGCUGGACUUUUGAGCACCAUCGAAUCCGCUCACUACGCGGUUCCCCAGCUCUGUGUUCCUUUAUUCUACGAUCAGUUCCAGAACACCAAGCGCAUGGAGCAGAUGGGCGUGGCCCGAAGGCUGGAUUAUACAGAUCUCACUAGCGACGGCGUUGUCAUGAUCAUCGAGGAUAUGUUGUUGAAUGCUAGUUAUAAGCAAAAUGCGCGGGAUUUAUCAAACCGAUUUCAUGACCAACCCAUGUCUCCUAUGGAGACCGGCAUUUGGUGGACAGAAUAUAUCCUGCGGCACAAGGGAGCCGAUCAUAUGCGAAUCGCCGAGCAGGAAAUGUCCCUAAUGCAAUAUUAUGACGUGGAUGUUGUUUCGGUACUUUUUGGACGAAUCGGACUGACUGCUAUGAUUGUGAUCUUUCUGGGUUGGAAACUGGUCUCAUUGGCGACAAGAAACCUUGAGUACCGAUUAAAUGUACCCAUGGUAAGAUAAACUUAUGUUAUUAUGAGUAUAACAUUAUUUAAUGGUUCACAUUUGGAUCUUCUGAUAAGGGUGAAACAAAGUUUCUUAUUAUUAAACUAGGCUAUUAUUUAUUUUUAAAAUUGUACACAGCAAAUGUGUAAAAAGUAAAUGGAUGUAACUGACAAUUUUGGAAAACUAUUGUAUUUAUUUUAAGCGAUAGAAAACUGUUUAGCUAGCAGAAUCUAUUAAACGUUGUGCAUAUCUAAAGCUUAUAGCAUUUUUGGGUUUUAUAAAAAUUGUAGACUCAUUUUACCAAAUCAAUUGCAAACUAACCGUAGAUAACAUUACUUAAUCUGAGUUAAAUAGAUAUGUGUGAAUGGACUGUAGCGUAAAAAAAAUAAGCGUAUUUAUUGUAAGAGUUUCUAUCCCACACUGAUAGCGGGUUAUCUUAUCAGUCUGUUUAACGACCGUGGAAGCGCUAAAUAAAAUAUUUUUACUAGAAUGACCAUUUAAAACAGCUUAUAAUCAAUAACUAUAAUAGGUUUUUAAAUAAUAUUUGUGGUAAUUUUUUAGUUUUUUUUUUGCAAUAUUAAAAAAAAUUUAAGGUAGACUUGCUAUGCGGUCAUAUAAUAUAUAUUUAAAUAGACCCAUUAUAAAAUGUAUCAUAUAACAUUAUAGCACUAGCAAUUAGAACAAAGAAAGAAAAUAUUUUAAAGACGAAAAGCUUCUUCCCCCUUAACUGCCAUGUAUAUUAGUAUAAUUAGAAAACUUUACCUUUUCCAAUCGUUAUCUCUCCAAACCCUUUUCAUUCCUUUCUUUUUUGGGCCAUAAACAUAACCGCGCUCAUUAAGUAUUUUACAUCAAUCAGCACGUGCCCAGCAUGUUUUCUUUUCUUUUCACAAAAAAGAGCAAAGAAAUAAAAAAAGAGGAAUUGAAAGAAUGGAAUUCUGGAACAGAAAAGGCACAUUAAAAUGCACAGGACAAGCUGGUGAAAAAAGUGCGCACAAUUGCUCCCAAAAUUGCUGGGUGAAAUACUCCAGAAACGUGAAUCAAAAGAAGUCGAAGUCGGCUGGUUCCCAGAACUCGAAAACGGUGAACCGCAAGUGAACAACUUCCCCUUCAUAACCAUUGAAGCGUUAUUUCUGUGACGGUCCACCGAUAGCCAGGGUAACGAAUGCACCGCGCAUAAAAACACACCCAACUACAGUCAUCUGUCCCUAAAAUGGAAAACAAACAACUGCGUCUGAUACCGCUUAGUGCAAUUGUAUUGUUUGGUUCAUUGAUUAGAUAGCUUGAUUGCAGUUUGUUCAUAUCAAUAUUUAACUAGUUCUUUUUGAUAAGCGAGCUUUUAAAAGUUGAUCGUAGACUACAUAUCAUUUUCCACCUCAUAUUUUCAACAAUUAAU